AUGGAAACUAUUUUGCUCUUCCUCUCUUCUCUCCUGGUGUGUAUGGCUGCUGUAGCAGACCCCGGUGCACAGGAUGAGAAGGAGAAAGUUGAAAAUCCAUUUGUCUAUGACUAUGAGAGCCUGAGGAUUUGUGGACUGGCAUUUGCUGUGGUGCUGUUCACACUGGGCAUUCUUCUCAUCCUCAGUCGGCGAUGCCGCUGCAGUAUCGGCCAGAAGCCCAGGGCCCCCGGAGACGAGGAGGCGCAGGAGGAGAACCUGAUUGUCUCUAAGGCUGCAGUGGCCACCAAAGAGACUCCAGCAGAGAACUGA